AUGCCUACUGAGUCAGUUCCCAAACCUCGAUUCGUAUUAUGUCCUAAAUGCUGGCAGCUGCUUCAAGAGGCUCCGAAUUUGGAUGUGUACAAGUGCGGUGGAUGUGGCACGACUCUUCAAGCUAAGAGAAAAAGUAAAGCUUCAAACUCAGAAUCCAGCCCAAAUGAGAUUGAUGCAGCUCCUCGAAAUGCAUCGGAUCUUAGUCCUCACGAGAAUGUUUUGAGGGAAAAAUCAACCAGUUUUUCCUCUGCAGAUAGUUCUUCAGAGGGAAAUGAAGGAAGGGGUCGAUUCGAAAAUAAUGAGGGCAAUGGAGAGCAGCCGGUUUCUACUCAAGAGAAUGGUUUAAGGGAAACAGCUUAUUUUUCUUCCUCGGAAAAACGUUCUUCGGAGGGAAAUACUGAAAGGGGUCAAAUUGAAAAUGGUGAAUACAAUGAAGAGCAACCACUUAUCUCUCAGGAGAAUGGUUUGAGGGAAAAAGAAACUAACCCUUCCUCAGGAGAAUGUUCAUCGGAUGGAAAUAGUAAAAGGAGUCAAAUUGAAAUCGGUGAAUGCGACGAAGAAGAGAUUGGACCGUUGAAGUUACCAGGUGAAGAACCGAAAAACGCGAUGGAUAUCAAUAAGUUAUCAGAUAUCAGAAGGCAUACGGCAUCCAACAACGGUUGUUCAAAUGAGGUUCCACAAUGUGAUAUUGAGGCCUCAGCCGAAUCGAUGGAAGACAAUUCAGUAGAAAAGGAAAAUGAGACUAACUUGAAACUAGAAGAAGAAGAGCAAAGUAAUGGAAACUUGCCGUUAGAAGAAGCAGGAAAUCAAUUCAUUAGUGUGUUGGAUAGAGAAGAUGCAAGUGAUGAGAUAUCAGAUCUAGUAGGCGCGAAGUCUGAAGCAGACAUCGGUGAAAGUGAUUUAGAAGUGGCAGGAGAGUUAAAUAACGGAAACUUGUCACAAAGAGAAGACCAGGGGUUAAUUUUUGGGUCGAAUGAACAAUGUAUCAAUAAUGAGAAAUUGGCUCUAGUAGGUGAAAGCCUAGCAACAGAUGUUGAUGGGAUCGAUAAGUCGGAAGAAUUAAAUAGUGAAAACUUGUUAUUACAAAGAACAGAAGAGAACACUGGUGGAAAUGCAACUACUGCUGAAAGGUUGAGUACUGAGUACAUUGAGUCUGAAAAAAUAAGCAUUUUAUGCAUUUCUCCUCGUGAACGUAAAGUAGAUACAUUUGACUACACAGAAGUCAACAAUCUUGGUUUGAAGAUUAGCGGUUCACUGGGAGAAUUGACUAAGUCUCCAACCACAAGAAGUUCUCGUGCUUAUGAUGGCAGUGUCUCUUCUAAUGAUGGGACGGACGAGCGGUCCCUCGGUCAAAAUUUAUAUUCUUUUGAUGGAGGCUCCAGAAAGGGAAAAGGCAUUGUUAAUAGCAUGGUGUACAAAGACGUUCAAACACAAUAUCAAAAUGAGGUAUUGGAGACGACAAGACAUGAUCAUGCACAUCGGAUGAGAACAAAAAGAGACGAGUUUCCGUUCAAAAUGCCUCUCCAUGGAAGUUUUUCCCAAUCAGGCUACGAAAGUGGCAGUCCGUCGAAUCAAAUAUACGAGGAACUCUACCUCAGUUCAAGCUAUGUUUCACCUGACUCUGUUGAGGACCCUGAUCAGGAGAAGAUGAAACUGUUGAGAAUGGUUUAUAAAUUGCAGGAUCAGCUCAACAGAACCAGACAUGCAGACAUGGAAAGAAAUGAAAGACCAUCCGUGGUAAAUCGUAUUUCUUCAUACCAAAGCCACGAUUUUCAUGAAGAAAGAUUUUAUCAUGGUUUGGAUUACCGUAGUGAGGAUGCAAAUUCAAGCUACAAUCAUGGCUUCAACGAACACCAAAGGCGGCAUGAUUUUCCAGGGAUACCAGGCAAUGCACGCUAUGUUGAUCAUCCAAGUUUCAAUUGCUAUCCUCAAGAACAGCAACGCUUGGGAAAUUUUCCUCCGUGUUUUCCUUAUCAGCGUGAAGAUCUUUAUAGGCCCCAUCCAGCGCAUAGCCGUGUCUUGUCUCAGCAUUCUUAUCCCUCAAGUCCACAACGGUUAAUGACCAAACAUAUACACGGCCGUGAAACAAAAUCUUGUGAUCAGAGAUACAGGGCCCCCGAGAUGAACUAUACAAGGGAAAAACCAAAUGUUACUAAGCGGCAUUACCGGCCAGUAGCAGGUGGAGCGCCAUUUCUGACUUGUCUUAAAUGCUUAAAUCUUCUGCAACUUCCUGCAGAUUUUCUUCUUUUCGAAAGAGUAUGUCAUAAGCUCAAAUGUGGCGCAUGUCAAGAGGUGCUUAAAUUUUCUCUACAGAAUAGGACUCAUAUAGUUUCUUAUGCUCGAAACACUGUUGGACCGCCAUCAAGUGAACUCGAUGUACAGAACAAGCUGAUAAAUGGCUUCAAUCCUCAUGCUGCAGACCCUGUAUCAUAUUCCGAUGAUUAUGGCCGUUCUGUAAGUAAAAGCUACUCCACAGAAGGAGAUCCUGUUUCUGUUGCACCGUUUAAUCACUCGCAUGAUGUUACACGCAUUAAUCCAAGAGUCUCUCCCACUACCAAUGAAGCUAUAACAGCGAAGGAGAAAAUCACUUCUAGAGGACCUAGCACAAGUAAGACUCCAUCUUAUAAAUCAUCAGAAAUAGAGGAACAACAGUCACAGCCAAAACCUUCAGCACUUCAUCAACUGAUGGGUUAUUCCUCUCCAAGUCUAGUGAUAAGAGGUGCUUCAUCCUCUGUUGAAGGAAAAAAUGCUAUGCUCAAUGGAGAAUAUUAA